GGAGUUCUCCUUGCGUGGAGAAGUCCUUGUCUACAGCCACAACUCUAGCGGUGAAAGACUAAGGGACCAAGAGCGUGUCGAGAAGACUGAGCUGUGCCGUGAUAGCCACAUAGCAAGCCUGCAAAGGGCGUAGCAACAACAGGAUAUCCUGACAUCCCGUUCCCAAAAGAAUCACAAACCCUAUAACACACAUCAAUACCGUAAACCAACUCCCGACCAUGGCACAAUCACAACCAAACCUAGCAUCCGACCUCCUAGCCCACCUCUCAACCAAAGGCCUCUCACCAACCCCUACCUGGCUCACCACAUUCCUCACCACCGUCCGCCCAAACACCCCCAUCGCCGCUCUCAAGCAGACCGCUCUAUUCCGCAUCCUCGCAUCGGACAUCAAAGAAACAACAACCUUCACCCCCUCAUCCGUCUUCCCACCCGACAUCCAGGACGGCACCAUCAAAGACAGAAACCUCCCGGGUCCGCUGCUAGUCCAGGUUCUCGACGUCGAAGACAUAGGCACAAGCCGCUGGAGCCAAGUUGAAGCCAUCGAAGCCCAGGAACGCGGCGAAUUCACCCGCGGACGAGAAAUCAUCCGCGUUACGGACGAGGCGGAUCAGGCUCAACAGGGGGCCACCCAGGCUGCGAAUGCACGGAAUCGGCAGCAGCAGCAGCAACAGCAGCCCGGCGAGCAGAAAAGCUGGGGUCCGCACAAGUUGCUCUUGCAGGACGCGCGAGGUGCGGUUGUGUAUGGCAUCGAGCUGGUCAAGGUGGACAAGAUUGGGCUGGACAUGCAUAUCGGCGCGAAGCUGGUGCUGCAGAAUGCUACCGUUGCGAGAGGCGUGGUGAUGCUGGAACCAGCGACUGUGACUUUUUUGGGUGGCAAGAUAGACGACCUUUACACGGCGUGGAAAGAGGGCCGGAAAGACAGACUGAAGGCCGCUGCUGGUAUGACCUGACUUUGUACGCAGAGGCGGUUCUGAGGCUUUUUUGGGGUCAUCAAUGGCGCACAGCACGGGGUACGAUGAUUUCCAGUACGUUAGACGAGCUGGUGGUAUGGUCACGCUACAUGCCAGUCCGGACAUAAGUACAUCACGAUAUGACUACCAGUCCGCCUAGGAAUAUCUCCUUUCCUUAAAUAAAGGAACACUCUGGUAAGAUGGCCGGAAGAACAAGAUAAUGACAGAUCACACUGCUGCGCUACACGACCCGAGGAGCUACGGACAUACAAAAGUUUGUAGCAUACACCAAACUGCAUGACUCAGAUGUAUCAUUAUCAAUGUUCUGCU